AAUCUUUGUACUGUGAACGUAAAAAGCCAGUGAUUUUACUAAAAUACUAUGUGAUAACUGUAUAUCUAGUUAUUAGGCCAGUAUUAGUUCGUAAAAUGGUGCUACAUGGAGGUUGUGAGACGGAAAUACAAAUAUUUGAUCAUGAGGCCGGCAUAUAGCGAAGGUGGAACGGGCGCAAACUACACUUAAUGGUUUUCAUGGAUGAGCGGGAGGGCGCGGGGCGUCGUGAAGACGCCGUGCUGCCCACUACCAUGGAGGCUUGCGGCCCCCCGGUACAAAUGGAGCCGGUAGACUUGAGUCUCAAACGACCCCCCACUCCCAGGAGACGAGGCCGGCCUCCUGCCAGCGCAAUGCCUACAUCAUCAAAGAUCAACCGAGAAGGACCGGCGCACACGCAACUUCCUAUUAAAUUGAGUCACGAGACGCCGAAAAUUAAGGUGGGCCCCGACCUCCGCAACGCGAGAAAACCUCAACACAGUACGACUAAGUUAAAACCACCACAAGACAAAUACCCGCUGAUCCCGCCCCACCUAAAACCCGGUUACAACCCCGAGCUGAAGAACUUCUUCCUGAACACCGCGCUCCAGCUGUCCGGUCUCAGCCAGCUGAAGAAGGAAGAAGAACAGAACAGAAGGAGGCUGCACAAGUGCGACGUGGCCGGGUGCCACAAGGUGUACACUAAGAGUUCGCAUCUGAAGGCGCAUAAGAGGACGCAUACAGGCGAAAAACCCUACUCUUGCGGGUGGGCAGGCUGCGAUUGGCGCUUCGCUCGCUCCGACGAACUGACCCGACACACACGCAAACACACGGGGCAUCGUCCGUUCACGUGCCCCUUGUGUAGACGGUCUUUUGCACGGUCCGACCAUCUAGGACUGCAUAUGAGACGACAUUGACCAUUAUAUCAUCAUU